AUGGCAGUUUCAGUUUCAAUUUUACAUUGUCAGACAACUGUUCUAGGUUAUUCAGACAUUACUUUGGAAGGUUUAAUUAAAUCUGCAAAAGCUGGCCGUGCUGUAAAUGAAGAAGAAAUUCCUCCACAAGUAGCCAUACCUAAGAAAAAAGAACCAGCAAAACCAAAUUUGAAAACAAACACCAUUACUCCGGAUAACUCACCAUUAGAAAAUAAAUUAGGAAUACAAGAAAAUACAGAAAAAAUUGAAAAUUUUAAGGAUUCAAAAGCUGUAACACCUGAGGAGAAUGAUAAAAUUAAAAAUUUUGUAGACACAAAAAUUCCAACAGCUGAUCCAGUCGAAAAUUCUGAGGUUACACUAUUAAAUCAACGAAAAAAUCAAUACAAAGCAGCAGCAUUACAUGCCAAAAAAGCUGGAGAUACCCAAUUGGCCAUAAAAUAUGUAAAAAUUGCUAAGCAAUUCGAUAAUGUAAUAACGGCUUUAGAGAGCGGACAACCGGUUGAUUUAAGAAAUAUGCCACCGCCACCACCAGGAUAUCAAGAAAAUAAAGCACCUAUAGCAAGGAGUGUCGAACCGCCUCAAAACGUUCCUCAAGUCAACGAAAACCUUCAGAAUUUAGCUAUGCAAAUGGCUGAAGAACCAGUUGACCCUAGUUUGUUCGGAGCACCUCCUCCUCCCAAAACUGUGAUGGAAGCUCUGAAUCAGCGUCUGGAGAAAUUUCGUAGUACUUUGGAAACCGCAAAGUCCGAAGGAAACAACAGUAAAGUCCGUCGUAUGGGAAGGAUCGUUAAGCAAUACGAAGAUGCAAUUAAACAAUAUAAAGCUGGUAAACCUGUAGAUUUUGAAGAACUAGCAACACCACCAGGUUUUGGACCGAUUCCCACUGAAGGAGCUCAAAAAGAGGCCACUUCUGUUGCUCCUAGCAGAAAUGCAGAGCCGUCGCCAGCUGCACGUAAACCCCAAGCUCCUCCGAGGAGACCUGCUCCGGCCAUUCCAAAUAGAUCUCCAAGCGAUAAGGCUAACAGUGCCAUAAAUACAGGAAGGAAUCCCAAAUUAAGUGCUCGAAGUACUUCAUUUGUGCUUGAUAAGCAGUUAAAUUUCUUACUUGAGCGACAACGCCUGUUUAAAAAAGCUGCUUUGGAGUCUAAAAAUAAAGGCGAUAUUCAACAAGCUAAGGAAUAUUUGCGGAUGAGCAAGGGUAUAGAACCAAUGAUAGAAGCGACACGAAACGGCUUACCGAUCGAUGCUACGUCCAUACCGACUCCACCUCAAAUACAAGAAGAUUAUGUUAUUGUCGAAAAAUCUGAAUGUGUUGCCAUAGGAGAAGGGGAAGACAGUGAGGAUUUGUAUUCUAGAUUAGAAACGGAUCUUGUAAAUCAAAUAGAAAUUUGUCAGCGAAAUAAAGACCAUUUUUUGAAACUUGGAGAUGUUUCUUCUGCUUCUAAAUUUGAAAAAUUGGCUCACGGGAGUCGAAAGGACUUGGACGUCGUUAAGCAUCUUCGAAAGUUGGGAGAACCUCUGCCACGUUUUCAUUAUGAAACGCGCCUGUUUUCUAUUGUGCAAUGCAAUACAGAUUUAAGUGAUACAGACUUUGAAAUUUCUGUGGAGAGAGGAAUUAAUUUGCCAGAUGAAAUUGAUGCAUUCAUUCAGCUACUUUCCAAAAAGACACUAUGCUUCUCCUCUUCGGAAGCCAAAGGUAUAGAACCAAUGAUAGAAGCGACACGAAACGGCUUACCGAUCGAUGCUACGUCCAUACCGACUCCACCUCAAAUACAAGAAGAUUAUGUUAUUGUCGAAAAAUCUGAAUGUGUUGCCAUAGGAGAAGGGGAAGACAGUGAGGAUUUGUAUUCUAGAUUAGAAACGGAUCUUGUAAAUCAAAUAGAAAUUUGUCAGCGAAAUAAAGACCAUUUUUUGAAACUUGGAGAUGUUUCUUCUGCUUCUAAAUUUGAAAAAUUGGCUCACGGGAGUCGAAAGGACUUGGACGUCGUUAAGCAUCUUCGAAAGUUGGGAGAACCUCUGCCACGUUUUCAUUAUGAAACGCGCCUGUUUUCUAUUGUGCAAUGCAAUACAGAUUUAAGUGAUACAGACUUUGAAAUUUCUGUGGAGAGAGGAAUUAAUUUGCCAGAGGAAAAGAGGAAGCAUGCAAGCGACUGCUCUAUUUUAUUUUGUAUAGGAAAGCCGACCGAACUGGAUUCUUUCGUCAAGGUCGAGUUUCCAUUCCCGACCGACAAUCCUCAAAAGGCUAAGACGCAUACUGUGAAAGAUACCAAUAAUCCUGAAUAUAAAGAAACAUUCAAAUUUAAAAUCGAUAGGAAAUCGAGGUCUUUGGCAAGAAUUUUUAAAAGACAACCUGUCAAAAUAGAAGUGUGGUCAAGAGGGGGAUUUUUCAGGAGUGAUGUACUCUUGGGAACAUUAAGUAUAAAACUGGCUGACCUAGAAAAAAAAUGUACCAUUCAUGAUAGUUUUGAGAUAAUGGACGGCCGCAAAUCUACCGGAGGAAAAUUGGAAGUGAAAAUGGGCAUUCGUGAUCCCCUGCUCGUGAAACAGGUGGAAGAAGUCAGAGAGAGGUGGUUAGUAAUCGGCAGCUAAUUCUUUGAUUUCUUUUAAUUAAUAGAUGAGCAUUUUAUCUUAGCGUCAUUUCGGAAAAUUGUACUUUUAAAGUGUCCUUAAUCAAAAAUGUAACUGCUGGAAACGUGAUUAUUGCAUAUAAAUCUGCCUUAAAUCUGUAAAUUAUGUAAAUUUAUUGUUUAAUAAUAAAUUGAUUUGUUAACUAUUAAAUGUAGAUAAAUAUAUAACAUUACUGUCUUUGUUAAAAGUGAGUAAAUGAUUAUAUGGAACAUAUUAAUAUAUUUACCUGUAAUUCUGGAUGACCGGUGUUUGAAUCUGAUUGGAUCCUGGAUACGUCAUGCCCCAUAAAUGGACCUGUAAAAAAACUAUCUAUAGGUCAAAAAGAAUUUAAAAGGAAAUUUGUGGUGUUAUUUCUGCUGGCUAGUUUUUUU